CCCUCCCUCCCUCCCUCCCCGCCGCCCCCCUUUUCAUCAAAUUGGCGUGACCUAUAGCUGCUGGCAUCAUGAAGGAAAGCGCCGGAGCAGCAGAGGGUUCCCAACCACGGAGGAUAUAAAAUGCAGGAGAGAGGGAACCCCGCCUGCAGUGACUCUGAACCUCUGCUUCUCUCAUCCUCUCUGCUUGGACACCAGGCUCACAGGACGUCUGAGACAAUGAAAGGUUUGAGGACCAUCACAUUAACUUAUGCACUCACCCUUUUACUGCUGGCGACGUUUAUCUCUCAGUCGUGGAGUGCGCCGAAAGGAUCUUUCCAACGGAGAAACUGGACCCCGCAGGCUAUGUUGUACCUCAAGGGCACACAGGGACGCAGGUUCAUCUCAGAGGACCGGAAAGAAGGAGACGUCUAUGACACAUUACACUUAGAGACCCGCAGUCAGAACACUGAGAAGCUGAGUGUGGACCAAGCCGCCACCGUCCUGCUCAACUUCCUGCAGCAGGCCAGGGAGGGAGCUGAUGAAAACCAGGACGAGGUGUAUUUCCAGGAGCUGCCGGUGUGGAAGAGGGAAUUCUUCUGA